CCUCGAACAAAAAAUGGCCGCUUAGUUGCCUGUGAACCAUGCCAACGCCGAAAAUACGCUUGCGAUCGUUCUUUUCCGAUAUGCCAGCGCUGCAAGCGAAGUCGGGCAAAGGAUCCUUGCAGGUAUCUUAGCCAAAGCUCACAGCAUCACCAAACGUCCGCUAUCCAUUCAGACAAUUCUGCCAUAGCCUUUGUUGCCUUGCCGCAAAAUGAUUCUACAUUGACUAAAUAUAUACAAGAAACAUCAAACAUACAGGCAACGGACAGAUCGACACAGACUGGGUUAAGCUCUAACAUCUACAAAAUCAACGCAUGCCUCAACAACUUACAGACAGCGUUGGAUGUUCUAUCGAGUCUACCAAGCCCUGAUGCUGAACGUAUACUUGCUAAGCCUCAUAUAAAUCCGUUUGAUGGGUGGAUUCCAUUGUCCACCACAGUACUGCUGGCCGGGCUAAGAACUACCUUUGCUUCUGCAUUUUGCCAAGAGAGCAACGGAAAGCAUCUGGAGGCCCUUGCAUUGACCAUUUUUUCAAAUACGGCACAAAAAUUCCCGGACAGCCAGUGGUAUCCAUCAGAAGAUUGGUAUACUACUAUUUCGGGCCCAAAUCUGAGAUGGGAAGUAAUUGGUGUGCUCUUUAGCAGCUGGGCACUAAGUGCGCUGCAAAACAAAGAAGAUAUUGAUGGAUAUCGACCAAGAGUUCUUGCAUUGAAGUUCUUUGACGUUAUGGAGUGCUGUAUCAAAUUCUGCCGGGACAAGAACGCUAAUAAUGUGUUGCUGCUUUAUCUCCUAUACCGCACAAGCAUUGUUUCGUCUAUUUUACACGGCCCCAGCAAUACUGGAUUUUGGCGAUUUCACUCACAAGCCGUCUCUUUAGCUUGUUGCAUGGGCCUGAAUAUCAUGCCCGAUGCAUCAAUACAGGAUCCUCGCAUUUCAGAACAGUCUGGACGUCGUCUUUUCACGGCUAUUUAUGUUCUGGAUAAAGCAGCAGCCAUGUUUUCCGGUAAAUUGCCUCUCUUACCAUCCGACAGUUGCUCCACAGCAUUGCCAUUGGACAUCUGCAAUACCAUUCUCAUAAACUGGAAGCCCAGUCAGGUCGUGGAUUAUGACUCUCUAGGCGUAAAUGAGAAAGGAUGGAAUAAGAACGGCAAAAUUUAUUCAACAACAAGUCUUCGAGCAAGAGGGUUAAUCGCGCAAAUUCGAGAAAAUAUUGUAACUUUUGCUUUGAACAAAAAGCAAAAAAGUGCGCUUAAUUUAAUUUCUUUGAGGUCACAACAGGUCAAUAUUUUCGACAGUCUGCCUAGCGAUAUACGGCUGACUGAUGGCGACACGAAGGUCAAGUCCCUUGAACCUCAUGUUCUAUAUACCAAACUUUUUAUCCAUUUAGAACACCUUCAAAAUCUCUUCCUCAUUGAAAAGUUGUUGCAAAACGCUCAGCCAACCCUCCCACGAGAUAGUCUAAUUCAGACUAGUCUAGAUAUUGUAUCAGCAACGGUUACAUUCUGGACGCGAAACGACAUACUAGUGGGCAUGCAAGGCGACCAUGAAUGGUUCAUCGUGGGAUAUGCAGUGCCUGCAGCUGUUGUAUUGUGUGAAGCACUUCUUCAAAUAGAAUCUCAUGGCGGUUCUACAUCUUCGAUCUCCAAUAUCAUUCAACAACUGAGUCUUCUUGGAGCUUUCUUAGAAUGGCUGCUGGCCAAGGUGCCAUGUACUGAUCACUGCUACAGGGCAAAGAAUCUCAUUUCAAAAGUAUUGGAUCAAGUUCUU